ACAAGAAGAUCCUGGAACUCAUGUCCAACAUCAUCCAGCUGCUGACUGGAGAGGUUGCCAUAAGGACUCAUCAUGUUUCCAUCUAUUUUUCCUUGGACGAGUGGGACUAUAUAAAAGGAAACAAGGACCUUUACGAGGAUGGGGAGAAGGAGGAGUCUCAGAAGCUCCACCCACUGGACUGUGAAUAUGAAGAUAAGAGAGAUAUUACAGCUGAUCUGGGAGGAACAUUAUGUUAUAAUAAUGAGACAAGCAAGAUUGGGGCUGAAGGAACAGUUGUUUGUACCAAUGGAAGUCCCACAAACCCUGAAAUUUGUCCAGUGGAACAGCCCCCACCAGCCAAUGGGAUUAUAGAGGAAGUGGUUGCAUGUGAAGAGGGAAACCAAUCAGAUUGCAGCAUUAAUCCACUUACAGAACAGAUAAAGGGAACAGAUACACUUACUCCUAUCAUGGAGAUGAAUAACUCUUCUGAGUGCCAUAAAGAUUUUACUACUGAAGCCGGUCUUCUCCAGCAUCAGGAAACUCACAACAAAGUAAAUCCAUUUGUCUGUUCUGUGUGUGAGAAACAUUUUGUGUGUCAUUCAGACCUUAUUGUACAUCAGAGAAGUCACACACAAAAGAAACCAUUUUCCUGCUCUGAAUGUGGCAAAUGUUUCACCCGUCGCACAGGCCUUAAGACACAUCUCAGAAUUCACACAGCAAAGAAACCAUUGACUUCAACUUUAACUCAAUGUCAGAAAUAUUUUGCACAUCACUCUGAUAUCGCUAGACACCACUGCCUUCAGAAAGGAGAAAAGCCAUUCACUUGUACUGAAUGUGGCAAAUGUUUUACCCAUAGUCUAGACCUUACCAUUCAUUCCAGGAUUCACACAGGAGAGAAACCAUACGCUUGUACUGAAUGUGGGAAAGUUUUUACCCAUAACCACGACCUUACUAUUCAUCUGAGAAUUCACACAGGAGAGAAACCCUACAUGUGCCCUGAAUGUGGCAAAUGUUUCAGGGAUCGCGCAAGCCUAAAUUCCCAUCAGAAUAUUCAUACAGGAGAGAAACCAUUUUCCUGUUCUGAAUGUGGAAAAAGUUUUACUCAUCACAGAGACCUUAUAAGACAUCUCAGAAUUCACACAGAAGAGAAACCAUUCACUUGCCCUGAAUGUGGGAAAUAUUUUACCCAUAGCCAAGGCCUUACCUUUCAUUCCAAAAUUCACACAGAAAAGAAACCAUUCACUUGCCCUGAAUGUGGGAAAUCUUUCACCUGUAUAUCACAGCUUACCAGGCAUCUCAGAAUACACACAGGAGAGAAACCAUUCACUUGUACUGAAUGUGGGAAAGGUUUUACCCAUUGCCACGACCUUACUGUUCAUCUGAGAGUUCACACAGGAGAGAAACCAUACAUUUGCCCUGAAUGUGAGAAAUCUUUCUCAUGUAUAUCACAGCUUACCAGACAUCGCAGAAUUCACACAGGAGAGAAACCAUUCACUUGUACUGUAUGUGGGAAAUGUUUUAUGUAUCGUUACCAGCUCACUGCACAUUCCCGGUUACACACAGGAGAGAAACCAGUAACUGUACCUAUACAAUGAUGAGUGAGUAACAUACAGUUGAUGAUGCUACCAAAUUAUACUUUUUUGGAUAAUAAAGUAUUCCCUUUAAUAAAAUUGUACAACCUUUG